GCUUGCAGUCCAUAAUACAAAAAUAAAAUAAAUGGCAGCAGCCGUUGAAAUGGUUUCUUGGAAGAAAAACUAGACUUAAAGCAGCCAGCUGCAAAACUCAACCAAAUAUCGUUGAAAUCUACAGGCUGUUUUACCACCUGUAACAUCGCGUGUCAGUUCCCAUUUCUGCUGGAGAAACUUGUCUCGCUUGCUGCUCCUCCGCCCUUCCUGUUGCUGGUGGCACCGACAAGCUUCCUUCCCUCCGCACUGCAUCUCCAUCCCUUCUGUCCUUUAAAGGAGUUUGCAACGGCCACCACAGCGCAGAGCUUGUUCUGUUGAGACUUGGGCUACCAGCUUUCCGGCUUCUCUACCAGUGGGACGUGAAUCGAGCUUCCACAUUGACAGCUAUUUGUCAGAUAUCUGGCCCGGAAGACAACCUAGCUGUAUCCAGUUUCGAGUCGAACAGACUCUAAAGUAGAGCCAAGCAAGCCAAGCAUUCAUACAGAAAGCAAAGGCGCAUUGAGUGAGAAUUUACUUUCACCUCAGUGCAGCAGUUCGCCCGCAGCUCCGCUCCCCAACCCGUACCCCCCUUCCGAAGCUGGCACCCCGUUUGCACUGUACGGGUCGUCACCAAAAUCCCACCGAAACAUUUUCAACUACCGCCUCUUGUACAGAUCUCAACUGGUAUGCCCAUGCAAUAUCCAGUGAAGUUGUCCCCUACUACGGCCGAGGAAGAUAUGCCACCGCCACCAGAUGUCAGUCUCCCGGUGAAGCCUUCCGGCGGAGAGCGAUUCUCCGAGAUCUUGGAAGAGGCGGAGUUUGUGUUUGGUGGACAGCUAGCCAUUAGUCCCACUAGCAUACGAAUGCGAUCUGCAGAGGAUAUUAGCUGCCGAUUGAAAGAUGAUAUAGAGGAGCUUUUAACGUUUGAGAUGAAUGACUUGUGUCAGAGAUUGUUACCGUCACCAGAGAGCGAACAACUGCGUGCACGUUUUGUCGCAAAACUCCAGAGUAUCCUUGACAUAGAAUGGCCGGAUAAGAAUAUCACUGUACAUCUGUUUGGAUCUUCAACAAAUGGGUUGGGAACACUUAGUAGUGAUGUGGACAUUUGUCUCACUACACCUUGGGAUGAUAGAAUAAAUGGGGUUGCAAAUAUGCAUGUUUUAGCGGCUGCGUUACAAAAGCAUGGGAUGGAAGGAGUGAACACGGUGGCAAAAGCAAAAGUUCCAAUAUGCAAGUUCUACGAUCCCGAAUACCAUGUAAAUUGCGACAUCAAUGUAAAUAACACCAUUGCAUUGCGAAAUACCCGUUUGAUCAAGACAUACGUGGACAUUGAUCCUCGAGUGAAGCCAUUGAUGCUUGUAAUAAAGCAUUGGACCCGACAAAGGGCGCUAAAUGAUGCUGCAAAAGGAGGAACACUAAGCACCUAUUGUUGGACGAUGAUGGUUCUCAAUUUCCUACAAAUGCGCCAGCCUCCAAUAUUACCAUGUUUGCACACAAUGUAUUUCGAACAGCUAAAGGCCGAUCCUCACAAGGUCAAACCAGUGAUUGUGGAUGGCGUGGACUGUUCAUUUUUCGAGAACCUCGAGUCUGUGCGAGGAUUCGGGCAGAAAAACAAUGAAACGUUAGCAUCCCUUCUUUUCGGCUUCUUUCGGAGAUACGCCGUAGAGUUCAAUUAUGAAGCGCAUGUUAUUUCCGUGAGACAUGGCCGGUAUCUUACGAAGGAAGAAAAAGGGUGGAAUUUGGAUGUUGAACGUACUUGUCGGUUUCUCUGUGUUGAGGAGCCAUUCAAUCCUCAGAGAAACCUUGCAAAUUCCGCGGAUGCUGUGUCUGUCGCUGGUCUGAGAAAAGAAUUCGAUCGUGCACUCUCGAUCCUCGAAAAGGGAGAAGGACUUGAGGCUGCAUGCGAACCCUAUAUCCCACUACAUCGCCGAAUACCCAUCAGCAACCUUGGUCCAUUACUUAUGAAUGGCCACAGAACGUAUUUGAACGACAUUGGCCGAAAUGCCAUGCAUCAUGAACUAUACGGAUGGCGGAAAUAUGAUGCAUAUCAAUCACAACUUUCUUACGACACACGGGGCGGUCAUUAUGGGUACAAAACAAACGGUCAGCCAGGAAACUUUUUUUACACAAACCACCCACCAUAUGCACACACUUCAGCCAGCGCGGCUUCCGGUCCAGAUCCACGCUCGAACGGAUGCGCUAGUUUGGACAAUGGUGACCGGCGCUUGUUAGCUGGCCUCAACCUCAUGCGUGGCGGAGCCCCACAUAUUACUCCGGAAGAUAUACACCGCUUGUCUUCACUGCAACUGGAGAGCCGACAUCUCGAGAACCACCGAGUACGUCCCAAUUACUAUUCGUACGCAAGCGAGCGGAGGGCGGCCGAGAUCAAGCGAAGAGGGGUGACUAAUGUCUGGGCCACUCCGUCCCAACCGCGCGAUCGUAACGGCGCAAGUGCACCUGCCGGCUCUCUUUACAAAAAAGCUACAGAUGUUGGUGGCAAAAAGGAUCCCGAGAAAGCAGAAAAAAUGGAGAAAACUGGGGAUGUCGGGCAUAGCUCUCCGCGAUCACCUAUUCAGGUAUAUAUUGAGAAGCAAUCAGACGGCGAUGAUGUGAAGGAGGUUAUUAUUAGCGAGAUUGGAAGUGAUGGGCGGUCACGAACAUUAUCUUGUGAACGUGCCGAUACAGCCCCCGACGUAUCGUUGCCAGGUCCGCUUACCCAUCAUGCUCCCGAACCCUUGCCGCCAGAACCGUCCAAAACUUUACGAUCGCCACCAGAGCAACGCGUCACCUCCGCGGCCGAAUCCCAGCCGCAGCCUAAAUCAUCACAUCUUCAGCCUCACAACCACCACAACGGUCGUCGGUCUCCUGUCCAUGACCGCCGAGACAAGAGUCCGAAUGGACGCAAAGCAGCAUCCCAUCCAGAGACCCUCUCGGUCCAGACCAAGCACAAUGGCCAUACGUCGCCCUCCGUUCCCGAACGUAAAACAAAGUCAGAAGGCCGAAUAUCUCCUAAAAAGCACGUAUCACACCACGAUCACGAACCUGAGCGAGACCGCCGCCGCAGAUCACCUACCAAGCACGACGCCCCUCCUGAAAUGGACCGCGACUGGCACCGACCUUACAAGCCUCACUCGCGGCAACAUUCGGAUGAACAUCACAUGAACCGAUCCUACCCUGACGUCUCGCGACGGGAAGGACACCUUCCACCAGGAGACACGACGCAUCAUCCAAAACGCCGGGGUAGCAAAGGCAUACUCUUGUGGGCGAAUCAUUCCCAACGCAUGGAUACCCUUACAACAACCACAACAAGCCGCAAACCCAAUCUAAACGGUUUGGCAGACCCACCUAAACAAGAAGACGAACAGACACCAGUAGACAACCGACGCGGACGAGAAGCAUACCCACGCGACAAGCACGGAAGAGACCCAAAAGCCUGGACCCGACCCCGCUCUCUCUCUGCGUCUGCUGCUCCCAAAUCACCCUGGCAGGAUGUCCGAUCCGCCAAAAGCCCUGAUCGAAUUAAUAGCGCACGAGCUGUCAAGCGACACACCGUGGAGCCCGAGUCCUUGUUGGAACCCUCAGUGGACCGACCUGCCACUGAUGAAGAACAGUUGGACAAUACCCAUCGACGGCGCUCGGCACCGGAUAAAGGAAAUAAGGGACGUGGGAGACUGGGAGAACAUGGGGAACAUGAGCGAGAUGCGUCACGAUAACUCCUUUUGUGUGUGUGUGUUUGUAUUGGCAUGGGUGACAUCUGAGCUCAAAUUGUUUGCGUGUAGGGUAUUCUUGUUGUUUUUUUUAUUAUUCUUGUUUGCGUGAAUUGAAUGUCCGCUCCAUCCACCCACCUACUCACCCGCCCACCCACCGAACCUUUUGUAAAAAAGAGAAAAUAUCAAAAACAAAAGGGGAAUACAAAUUGCAUUUAAGGCCGCCCUUUGUUCAUUCGCUUUCACCACUUUAGUUUAUCCUCGUGAACAUUAGAGUCCAUGAUCUUUUAGAAUAUCUAUCCCCAAUGGUGAUGAGCUUGGUAAACAGUGACAAAAACCAACAUUUAUCAUCCAAUUCUAUUCUAUUUUCCCACCAUCUAUCUACAAAAACAAAACACUACUCUAGC